CUGACUCAUGGAGGCUAGUACAGAGCCCAAGACCAGGUACCACACCACAGGAGAGUGGGACAGCAGGAGCUAGGACAGGGGCGUGAUGGUGGGGAGAGUCCAUGACCCAGUCCAACUCCAGGCAGAGGGACAGGUCCUCAUCGAGGCUCUGAGCACCCUGCAUUGCUCCUGGGGGAAGACCCUGACUUCCCUGGGACCCCCAGAGGGGGUCAGGGAUGGAGGCCUGGUGGCUCCAGCAGAGAUGUGGGGUACAGGAGGAAGGGGUGCAGAGGGCAGGGAGGAGCACUGGGCAGUCCCAGAAGGAGCCCUGUGUCUUCAGGCUUCUCCCAGCUUUGUCUGUAGAUGCCUGAUGGAUGACGAGACCUUCAAUGAAAACUUCACAAAUCAGAAAAAGCCUCGUAAGACCUACCUGUGCUACGAGGUGAAGAUCCUGGAUGGUGACACUAGGGUCCCUCUGGACGAGGACAAGGGCAUUGUGCACAACAAGGGUGCUGACCAACCGGGGCAGCCCCGCCACGCAGAGCUCUUCUUCCUGGACCGGAUCCGUUCUUGGAACCUGGACCGGAGGCUGCUCUACCGGCUCACUUGUUUCAUCUCCUGGACCCCCUGUCAUACCUGUGCCCAGAAACUGGCUAUGUUCCUGAGGGAGAACAGCCACGUGAGCCUGAACAUGUUCGCCUCCCGCAUCUAUAGCCGCAACGAUUAUGAGGCUGGGCUGCGCACACUGCAGGCGGCUGGCGCCCAAAUCAACAUCAUGACCUUUAAGGAGUUUGAGCACUGCUGGGAAAACUUCGUGGACCACCAGGGAAGACUCUUUCAGGCCUGGGAUGGGCUGGAUAUAGAGAGUCAAAUUUUAUGUAAGAAGCUGAAGGCAAUUCUCCAGAUUCAACAAAAUUGAAGGAUGGACAUCAACGUCUCUAAAGAAGGCAGGAGACCCCUGUUGAGCAGCAGAACAAAACAGCUUCUUUCAAGAAAUAUAAACAUGUCAUUUGUUACCAUCUUCAGAUUGAUCCAAAGAAAUGAGCGAAAGGCAAAUGGCUUAUAAGAAAUAGUU